CUUAUUCAAAUGAAGUCCGAUCGCGAGCAACACGUAAGAUACUGGUCGGUGAAGGCAGGUGCGACAACAAAAAGAGACGCGAUCUUUUCUACGUAUGAUUGUGAUUUGCAGAAUUUCGAGGAAUAUACUUGAAUCCUUUUGGAAAAAAUAAUACACGUAGAUGACGUAGUAUUGCAGAUAUAUGUAGUGUGAAAAGAAAAAAAAAAAAAAAAGAAAAACAAAAUCGUGACCUUUCCACCGAUUAUCUCGAGAUAAAUUUUUCCGCGUCAAUAAAUGAAAGUUUAUGUGAAUUUGUAGUUAUUUAUCUAAUGAAGGUUACGUUUGAUCGUCUUAGAUAAAAUGGAAAUGGCCUUUGUUAAAUAUCAGAAUCUCGAAGAAAAAGUUUUGGAAAAUUUAAAGAUAAAUGGCAUAAAACAUCGGAUACACAUUUAUUUACACAUUUCUAGAUCAAAAGGAAGCAGUGGAUUAUGGAUUGGAGGCUUAAUUGGAUUCUGUGGAGUUUUAACGUUACUAAAAGAAAGUAAUAGUUAUUCGGAGAUAUGUUUGGUCACAGGAUUAGGAGGUUUUGGAUUACUCGUUAGCUGCUUGUCUCUUUACGUUCGCCUUUUUAUGGGAAAUGGCGCGAUUAAAGAUUUUCAUGCUAUUUACUUUCUACCAUCGAUCACAACAUCUAUGUUAUAUCUUCUUGUAGCAAACAAAGCUAUAAAGUAUAUUCAUCAUAUUUUCCUCGAUAAUUACACAAGUGCAGGAUUGCUGACAAGUUUAAUAUGGGGAUUAAGCGUAGGAAGCUUGGGUACCUGGGGAGUCCUACAAUUAAUGUCACAUUGUCCUGGUUGUUUCACGAUAGGAGAGGCAACGAUAGUUAUGCACGGAAUUAUUUUAUUCCUAUUGUCGGUCGCCACGAAUGUACCAUUGAGGUAUCAUUUACCACCAAUUCAUAAUGACGAUAUCGUUACUGUUAUAUUGCAGAUUGGCAUAUUAUAUGUCUUAUCAGUUUGUAUAUUGUGUAAAAGCUUUCCUAUACUACGUUCCCCUUUGUACUUUUAUACAAUGUUAUUUGGUACCUUUUUUCUACUCGCUGUUCCAUUUUUAUAUGUCCUCCUUGACAAAAAUCCUAUAACAUGGAUAUUAAUUUAUAUCACUGGAGAAUCACAUAGAAUUAAAUUGAUAAUAUAUUGGACAAUUUGUUUAUUAUUUUGCACAUUUGUUAUAAUCUUUCAAACGGUAUCUGGCAUUCAAGCUACAACCUCCGUCAGGAAAUAUUUUCAUGUCCUAGCCGUUCUGGUUUAUAUCCCCGGACUUAUAUUCGAGGCUACCUUAUUAUAUCUUGGAAGCGGCGUUAUAUUGGGAAUAUUCAUACUGUUUGAGUUAUCAAGGAUUUUGCAUGUAUCGCCAUUGGGGGAUAUUCUGCAGAAAGGGUUCAUUGUAUUUGUGGACGAGAAAGAUACUUUAAUAUCUUUGACGCCAUUGUAUUUACUCUGUGGCCUUUCAUUUCCAUUGUGGAUGCCAGCUAGUAAUGUUUCGCUGUUCGUCCUUCUUAGCGGGGUAUUAACAGUAGGCAUAGGCGAUACGGCUGCUAGUUUCGUCGGUAGUAAAUGGGGAAAGCAUAAGUGGCCAGGUUUAGAAAAAUCUCUGGAAGGAACGCUUGGCUGUGUUAUUAGUCAACUUGGAACGAUAAUGGUUCUUGCUUACAUGCGUAUAUGCGUCAAGGUAAAAGGAGAAGCAAAUACUUAUUGGACAACGGAUAAACAAAGAUUGGAUAAUACAGGAAACUAUAGAGAUGAGAAUACAACGUUCAACGCGCACGAAGAGUAUUUUCAGACAAAGUAUUAUCUCGUCGGAUCGGCUUCUGGAAAUGAAAUCGAGAUACAAGCGGGCGAACACAAGUUCCCGUUCACAUGUACUUUGCCGGAAAAUUUACCGAGCAGUUUCGAGUCUGACUUCGGGCAUGUUCGAUAUACGGUCAAGGCCAUCUUAGAUCGCCCUUGGAAAUUUGAUCAGGAAGUUAAAGCGGCAUUCACGAUCGUCUUGCCGUUCGAUCUGAAUCAAGAACCCAGAACAUCGGAACGAAUCAGAGAAGAAAUGAGUAAAUCCUUUUGCUGCCUUUGUUGCACCAGUGCACCUUUGAACGUCACCUAUUCUUUACCGGUCAGAGGAUACGUUCCUGGUCAAUCGAUGCCGAUUAAGAUAAACGUCGAGAAUUUAUCUAACGUUACCGUAGCACGCGUUACUCUGAGCCUUUGCAAGAUCGUGACAUUCCGUGCUACUAGUCCACAAACGGAUACGCGAAUCGAGGAGAUAGUGGUAACGGAGGUCAGUAAAGGGCCCGUCGAUGGCGGAUCUACUUCCGAUUACGAACAAAACUUGGACGUCCCGGCCCUUCCUCCGUCGAAUUUAAAUAGCUGCGGUAUCAUCGAUCUCGAAUAUCGUCUGAAGGUCGAAGCAUGCAUCGAAGGAUGGUAUCAUCGUAAUUUGAAGAGCGACACUCCCGUUUUCGUCGGAACGAUACCCUUGGUGAAUUAUCAGAUACCAAGCGCUCCUCCCGAGGAUACUGUGUUCGUCAGUUCACCGACGAAAACUUCGGAAAAAUAUUAUCUAUCUCCUACUUCGAACUUAUAUCCAGAAUUACCACCCCCGUCGUACGAGGAAUCAACGUAUGGCGCCAAAAAUCUACGAGAACGCGACGAGUCGGAAUACGUGAUUGGCCUUACGAAUCAUUUCGCACCGAAAUAUCCGGUUUAUCAUUUUCCAACGGGUCAGUGAAACGACGAAACGAAUCCCUGUCAAAGGGAAAAGCUUUCGUUCAAAUGUCCUUUUCUUUUAUGCUUCGAUGCAAAUAUUGGAUGGAAAAAAUCUCUUAUCCUUCUGUAACGUCACAUUCUGUAAUUUUUAUGUCCCACGCUUAUUUAUAUUCUCUUUACUUCCUUGUACCCGUAACGAAUCCCUGGUAAUUAUUAUUUCAUAUCUGAAU